AUGGCGGGGGCCGUCUUCCAGAGCUACCACAGUCCGCGACCACCACGCGCCCCCGAAGCCGCCGCCUCUUCCUCCUACGUCGUCGCCGGACCCUCCUCUUCUGUCCCACCGACUCAGUAUGAGAUGCAGCCCAUGAUGACGCCGGCCGUGUGGCGCGAGGACGCACCUCCGCCAGAAGCGCCAGCGCAAACGCCGCCGCCGCCGCGCAGGUCGCUGCGGCAGCCGCUCUCUGACGAUCUUGUCCUGGAGAGGGCACUUCCGCGGGCGUCGCACCGGUAUGGCCUGACGCAGGCCAUUGCGCGGAGCGUAACGCUGAGUCUGGCGAUCGCAGGGCUCGGAUCGGCGCUGUAUCUCGCUGCGCGGUGGCACGUGAAGCGCGCGGUGGCGGGAGUAUCUAUUGGUGCGAACGCCGUGGCCAUCAUCAUCGACGCAUUCAUGCUCGUCGACCUCAUCAACACCAACCUACCACGCGUCUCGCCGUACGCCAUUGGCGGGCUCGACGGCGUCAUGCUGGCGGCCGCGCUGACGGCGGGCUUUUUCGUCGAGCUCUCGGACCAGGGCUACGAGUUGGACCCGGCGCCAUGGCGGCACGUCAUGGUGGUAACAGCGGGUCUGACCUGGGCGACGGCGUAA